AUGACAAUUGGCCAUUUGUUGAUUGAUGCAUUUGCUAGACCAAACGAAAAAUCGGAAUUAUGUAUUGGUACAGCAGGACGAGAUCUUUGUCAACGCCAUAAUAUUUUACCAAUUGCUUAUCUCAAUAUGAGUUUACCACGUAUUGAAGGAACAGCGACUUUGAUGACGUUAUCACAACUCAAAGAAAUGUUUUUUGCUUUUGGUCGUGUUCUUCAAGUUCUUCUUACUCGUUCGCCAAAUCACGAAUUAUCUGGUAUACGUAAUCUUGAAGCUGAUGCGCUUGAUAUUGUUCCAAAUUUUUUUCUUCAAUGGCUUCGUGAUCCAAGUAUUCUUUCAUAUAUAAGUCAAAAUGUUGAAACAAAACAAGUUCUUGAUUCUUCCGUUUAUCAUCGUGCUUUAAAUCAAAUCGAUCAUCAUAUGAUAGCACAUGAUGUUCUUCGACAAUUAUAUUUAAGUGCAUUUGAUCUUGAAAUUCAUACAAAUGCAACUAAUUAUUAUGAUGCUAUGGUUAAAUUAUGGUCAUUAUUUACACCAAUACCAUUACAUAAUCGUGAUUUUCAUCCGUGUAGUUUUGAACAAAUCUAUUCUGAACAAUUAGCAUCCGCUUAUUAUUCACAUAAAUGGUCUGAAAUGAUUGCAUGCGAUUUAUUUAAUGCUUUUAAAGAAAUAGGAUUAAAAGAUAAAGAGAAAAUUUCAGCACUUGGAAGAAGAUUUCGUGAAACAAUCUUAGCACGAGGUGGUACAAUAAGUAUGCGAGAACUCUUUCGAGAAUUUCGAUCACGUGAUCCAAAUUAUGAACAUUAUGUUCAACAAUUAACAACUAAAUUUUAA